AUGGCGUCUGAUCUGAGGUUUCCUGAGAAGGAGCAAGUGAUGUAUACGCACAAGAAGGAUCGUCUCUACAGAGAGGGGAAUGGGUUUUUUAUGCUUGUGAGGUGUGGAGGAUGCAGAAACACGACAUACUGCUACUCGCAUUCUCAGAUGAACAUAUCGUGUGGCAAGUGCAAUGACAUUAUCCUGACGUCCGCAGGAGGGUUUGCAACGGUGUCUGCCGGAUGCGAGUUUAAGAAGGUUACGAGAAAUGAUGAUUAA